ACGAACCCAAAAAAAAAAAAAAAACUCCAACAAAAAUAUAAUAAUAAAAAUAAUACUAAAAAUAAUAAUAAAAAAAAUAAUAAAACGAUACAAGAGAAAAAAGAAAUGCACCAUGGAGCAGCACUACUCGUCAUUGACAGUCCUCCUCCACUCGUACUUAAAAUAGCGGAGACCGCCUCCUCCUACCCCGCAAACAAUAUCACAAUGUUAGCACUGUAUAAUAACAAUGGGUGAAUACAACUCCUCAGCAGGAAGUAGAAAAAAAUGAGGGUGCUAUAAAUAGCAAUCUCCGGCAGCCCUGCGGACAUCUGCCUGCACCCCUCGUUACAGUCAUUAGUUCUGGCGGCCGACCUGUCGAGGGCUUGUCGGCGAAAGGUCAACACGGGAAGAACCCGCACCUUCCGGCAUCCGAGCCCUGUACACCCCCUGUGGCAUCACCUGUUUAUCUGUGUCUGAUAUGUCUUGCUCUUAUUCCUUUUGGUCUUUCCUUCUAUUCCCCACCUCUCCCACAAUCCUAGCAUCCUUCACAUUCCAUUUGCAUCUUUUUUAAUUAUUCGCAACUGGCUUGUGACUUUAGUCCUUUUCUGGAUACAGAAUUCAAAAAUAGAAAUAAUUAUUUUGUUAUCUACUACAAAUUAUGUUUUUUUUUUUGUUGAUAGUUUUUUUUUCUGGGUGCUAUUGCAGGAGUGUCGGAGUUACCUUUUCUUUGACUUGACUAGCUGGAUAACAUGGAUUAAUGGAAAGUCCUCGUUUUCUGUAUAAAGCACUGAACACUAGAGAUGAUUCCCUUCUAAAUAUGCUUGCUACAGGGUUAUAUGUAUUUUGAUUUUAUAAUUGAUGAAGAUUUUGUAUGCUAUUACACAAACAGUUUCAUUGAAUUGAUAUGAAAAUAUCUAUCAAUGUAAAUUCUUUAUGUGUGCAUCGUAUUGACACCUUGUGCUCUUAUUUCUAUUCCAUUGUUUUCAAUAAUUAUAAUAAUUUGCGAAGCUCACGAAAGACAGACACAGACUGCAUUAAUGCGAGGUUUAAGAAAUGAUGAUGCGUAGAUGACAACACCAAGACUCUGGACAAAGUAUUCCGAAUGUUCUCGUUAUUAUUGUCUGUCCCUGUGUGGAGCUGUGUGGCUGUAGUUCUGUUUUUCUGAUAUUUUUUCUCUCUGUUUCGUAGCCCGUUUCUUCCUUUCAAUUUUCUCUUUCUAUCUCUAUGUUUGUAUCUGCGAACCUGUUUCAAUCUUCUUAUUAGUAUUCGAUUUGUUUCAUUUUUUACACAAAGCUCACAGUGAUCUUUAAUGAGGACAGUAGAAGGAGUGAAACAAAUUCAGCAACCAUAACAUCCAUUCUCAUUAUCCUGGCCUCAGCAAAGCAUAGCUUCCAUCGUUUCAAAGACAUAACUUUGCUGAAGCAUUUCCUCUUCGUGGGUGAGGGUGGGUGGUGAGGAGAGAAGGAAGGGAGCUGGGAUGAACUCAGAGAGAAGGUAAAACCACGUGACAAGGUGUAGAGAGUACAGGCUACAUUAUUGUCUGCCUCCCGACCUUUAUUGUUAUUAGUAGUUCAGCUGCUGACAAACUACUUUUCUGAGCUGUUGAUAUGUCACCUACUCACCCAACACUUUGAACAGUCUAUGUACUGGUGUUAACGUGUGUUUUCAAGGAUUAGGAUUUAUGGGUAAUAAAAGAUAACAGAUAGGAUUAUCUACCUGACAGGGUCGAUGUCAUAUCACAAUAGGAAUUUUGAGUCCACAAUGUCGUGGUGAAUGCAGGGCUAUUAGGUGUCAGUUGGUUGUUAUCAUUUGAUGCCAGAAAAUUCCAUGGAAAUAAACCAAAUUGCUGAAGGUUAUAUUGAAAAAAACUAACAACCUGCAGAAGCUCGCGGAGGUAAUUAUGAAUGUCAAGGCUACCAUGGGUAAACACGGGUUUGAUGAGAGCAGAAAAGCAAAAUGGAGAAAUAAAAAAAAACCACGCGAAGAAAGGAGACAAUGAAUCAACGAAAGAAAGAUAAAAAUGAGAGGAGACCACCCCUCACUCCCCACCCACGCUGCAUCCAUUUACGAAAGGGAAACAACCGUCAACGGCUCUGCUACGUCCUGUUGACGGCCUGCAAGGCAAGGGCAGAGCACUUGUAGCCACAUCCGCUCGGCACCAUGCAGGCUAGAGUGGUCCCACCACAAUAUCUUGUUUUACCUUCGCUGACUGCUUCUGCUCUCCACACUAUCUUACCUUCCUUCAUUGACUUGGCGCGUGCGUGCUGUCCGCGUGGCACCUGACGACACUGGAACUUGGUUAGUGCAAAGGUCGUCACAUCUACUAACAUCAGAUCAGAUAAGGUCGAUAUUCAGAACAAGAUGGCGGCUUCAACGUCGCCGAACGCCAAAGACCGCUACCUCGUGCCCCCGCCGGCGGGUCACGGCCUGCACCACGACGGCGACGAGCUGAACGCGUCUCAAGAGUGGAUCGACUCGCAGCAGAAGUCUCGUCGGCGCUCCACCAUCCACUCCUACACGGUUGCCACGACUUACCAUACUUUGCCGAAAGAUGCCGACACUCUCAGACAGGUCCGGUACAUGACCGAGCCCAAGGCCAUGAAGAACAUCUUCUCCCUGAGCUUGGCCUUCAUGUUUGUCUUCACAGCCUUCGUCUCCCUACAAGGGCUGCAGAGCACACUCAACCCCGAAGGUGGAGUAGGGGUGGUGUCCAUCAGCGUCAUCUACGGCAGCACGGUGCUGUCGUGCCUGCUGGCCCCAUGGCUGAUCAACCGCUUGACCACCAAGUGGACCAUGGUGCUUGCCUUCUCGCUCUACUUCUGCUACUUCGCGGCCAACUUCUACCCCAAGCACUACCUCCUCAUCCCACUCAGCGUCAUGCUAGGGGCCCUGGCCGGCCCCAUGUGGAGCGCGCAGGCCACCUAUGUCACCACCCUGGCCCUGACCUUUGCCCAGCACCGCCGGUUCGCGGAAUCCUCCGAUGACACGAUCAACAAGUUCAUGGGCAUCUUCUUCGGCUUCUUCCGCAGCAGCCAGAUCUGGGGAAACCUCAUCUCGGCCCUCGUUCUGGGUAAAAACUACACGGAGGACGCUGGAUUGCUGCUGGACUCGAGGGUGAGUUCCCAAGAUGGCCACCACCUCCCUUUCUUUUUGGAGGGACAGGAGAUUGUCAACGGUGGCUUCAACAUUUCCAGCAGUGUCCGGCCAGGGAUGUUGAAAGACUCCUCACACCACAGGCGGCCAGGGGGGCUUCCACCUCCUCCCUGGACUUCGUCGUUGUCGUCGACUUCUGCUGCUCCUUACUUCUCCCUCCUGCUUACGUCCCCUAACAACGUCUCGGAGUCGUUGUGCGGCGUCAGCACUUGCCCGCUGAACCGCUCCUCCGCAGAUGGUUUCUACAGCAACGCGAUGCUGGGAGCCGGGGGAUCGGCAUCGGCGGGGGGAGUGGCAUUCGUGCCUGAUGCCACCAAGUACAUGCUGCUGACCACCUACCUGGCCUGCGGCCUGAUGGGCAUGGUCAUCGUGGUGGCAUUGGUGGACCAGGUGCACGUGGGCAAGCGCAGCGCCGACCCGGAGUUCUCGCUGACAUCCUUCGAGCUCUUCGCGUCCACCCUGAAGAUGCUGCGCGACUCCAAGUGCUGCCUGCUCGUGCCUCUCGUCGUCUUCAUGGGCCUCGAGCAGGGAUUCAUGUUCAGCGACUUCACCAAGUCCUACGUCAGCUGCACGCUGGGGUUCCAGAACAUCGGUCACAUCCUCAUCUGCUUCGGGACGUCCAGUGCAGUGUCGUCCAUCUUCAUCGGCUACGUCGCGCGCCACAUCAAGCGCUUUGCUUUCAUCGCCGCGGGAGCGACCUUCAACGCCGGCCUGCUGGUCGUCCUCGGCCUCUGGCAACCCAAGCAACACGACAUCCCCAACUUCUAUGUCGUCGCUGGUUGUCUGGGACUCUGCGAUGCCAUCUGGCAAACCCAGACCUACACCUUGUUUGGAGUGCUGUUCAGCCACAAACAGGAAGCGGCCUUUGCUUCAUACCGGAUGUUCCACGCAACCGGAUGCGCAAUGGCUUUUGGGUACAGCUACUUUUUGUGCGUGGAAACCAAGGUUUACAUUCUAUCGGCAUCUCUGGCUAUAGCCUUGGUCCUAUACACGGUCAUCGAGAUGAAAGUGCAGCUGCAGAGCCAGCACAUACAGGACAUCGUAGCCUUAUAAACAGGAUCCUAUGGAGGCGAUGCUGACGUCAGCACUGGCUACAGGAUGUGGUAGACCUAACGGCAAAGUGUGGGGCUGCCAGUAGUAUUAAGCAUGACAACUGUGGUCCCAGACGUUUAAGAAUCAUGAUGUAAGUACAGAACCCACACUGAGAUCCCUGUCAGACCCACCUUUCUUCUCAAUCCUGACAUAUGUUACGUGGCCUACGGGGCCAGUGUACGUGUUGACGUAGUGACGUGACGGUGUGGUGUGGUGUGGUGGUGUUAUGUACACUGCUGUAGCCUUCUCAGCAAACGUUUCUUUAGGAAAUGAUUUUACUGAACAGACAUCCAUAUUCCUCGACAAAGUCCACUAAAAAAAGAGAUCCACUUGUAUUUGUAACAAUUCACACGGAGGUCAUGUCAGAUGGGUCACAGCUUGUGUGUGUGCGUGUGUGAACGCGCAUAUUUGUAUGCGACUGAGUAUUUACAGUAUCUGCUGUGAAACUAAGCUUCAACAUUGUAAUCAACUCUUUUUGUUCUUGGGAGAGAAAGAAAUAUUUUUCUUGAUGGGGGAAAGGACGUUAGGGCUGCUGUCCUGAUUGUUGAUUGGUUCACAUGGAAAGGUCAACAGUUUUUUCACACAAAUACAUAAUGGAAGAGCUAAAUGAAGUGCUCACAGUUUUCACCUUUUUUACACUUGAACGAUCCUCCUAGUUAUCUGAACAGUUUAUUCCCACAGUGAACACAUUAUUCCCCAGGCGUGUACGGUUGUACGUACAUAAUUAUAUAUGACUAUAUACAUGUUUGAUGAGUGACUAUGUGUGAUGAGUAUAUGAUGAUGUAUGAUAUAAAUGUGCUGUAUUGAGUGUAUAUAGAUUGUAUGUAUGAUGUAUGUGUGAUUCAUGUUAUAGAUUUAUGUAUAAUCUUCAUGUUUAAUGUAGGUAUGUUUGGAUAAAAUUGCGUGUAUAUGAUGUAUGAUUGAUGGAUGUAGGCAUACAUUUAUAUGCAGGAAGUCAUCAUUUUGUGUUUGUGUGUGUUUUCAUGCAUGCAGGUGAUUGUGCAGGUAUACAUUUCACAGAAACUGCGCUCCUGUACAAAUUAUUUUAGACAUAAACUGAUCGAGUUGUC